GCCUUAAGAUAUAAAGAAGAUGUCGACGUCGACGUUGACGCUAACGACGAACUCGUUUCAAUUGAAGCGCUACGUCGUUCCCGUCCACAACUGAAAUUCAAUUCAUUUCGCUUUUGAGUGCAAUACCGAGCACAUUUCAAUCAUCGUCAUUAUUUCAACAACAACAAAAUGGAACAGUGGAAUAAUGUGGAGCUGACGAGCAUUACCAAAAAGUCAUAUACGCUGAAUCACGACUACGAUGAUGCCGAAAAGCCCAAAAAGGCUAUCGACCAAAAGGCGUCAACUCCCAAAAACGGCUCCAAUGGCAACGUCAAUGAUCAGGUCACAGCCGAUAGCGAUGGCGACAAAAUUCUCCAGCCUGGUUCGGAUAUUAAGCCCAAGGUGCAGCCAGAAGAUGUGGAGCCGCUGGUGCGACGUCUAUAUGGAAUAACGAUUAGCGAACUAAAGGAGAUGAUCUCCUAUGAUGAUCGCAACUAUUUGAUACAGGAAGAUUGCAAUGUUAAAAAUCCACUUAUUGUAUCGCAUUGUCCGCUUGGUUACGUGCUGAAAAUUCUCAAUGCCUUGGACUCGAAAAAGGAGGACUUUGUGGACGCCCAGAAUCAACUCCUGCUCUACUUGUCCAAACAUAACGUGCAAUGUCCGCGACCCAUAGCCAAUGCUCGGGGCAACUAUUAUUCUGUGGAGCAACUCAAUGGCAAUGCUCAUGUGGUCCGUCUAUUGGAGUUUAUUCCAGGAAAAAUGUUCCACGAGGUGGAAGUGACCAAGAACUUGCUUUACCAGUGCGGCGAGUACCUGGCCAAAUUGGAUCGGGCGCUGAAAAGUUUUACCCACAAGGCAUAUGACACACACAAGACGCUGUGGAUGUUGCAGUCGGUUCCACAAUUGCGUGAUUUCCUCUACGCUCUGCAGGAUCAUCAGCGGAAGGCGUUGUGUGAGGAGAUCAUCGAGACGUUCGAGACAAAAGUGUUGAGUGUACUGCCGAUGCUAGAGCACCAGAUCAUACACGGCGAUUACAAUGAACAGAACAUCGUGGUCCAAAAACAAGGACAGGCUGAUUCGUAUCGAGUUACGGGCGUGAUUGACUUUGGCGACACCAGUCGUUCCCCACUGAUCUUUGAACUGGGCAUUGCCAUGUGCUACAUGAUGAUGCAGGCGAAGGAAUUAGCCAGUGGUGGCGUUUUUCUAGCAGGUUACACCAGCGUCCAAACAAUCAGCCCUAAGGAGCGGGGUUACCUCAAGUACUGUGUGGCUGCGCGUCUAGCGCAAAGUCUGGUCAUGGGCGCUUAUACACAUACCCUGCACCCCAGCAACGAUUAUGUAUUAGUUACCCAAGCGCAAGGCUGGGUUCUAUUGGAGCAGCUCUGGCGGGACAGUCUCGAGACUAUUGAUGAACUGUGGGAGACUACGGCCCAUCAGUAUCUCACCCAAAGCAAUAAGUAAAGCACUUCCGUCCAUUCAGCAACCUGUCUGCUAACUUUUGUCACUUAGUAUUUUUCAAUUAUGUAUACACAAUGAGUCCAAGUUUAAGUAUUGAAGAUUUGCAUUUUAUUGUAAAA